CCCAACUUCACAUCCUGAGCUACCUUACCUUACUGAUCACCAUGAGUAGUGCUCAGCCAUAUUUCAUCCCAUAACCCCACCACAACUCCAAUGACAGAAUCAGAAUCACCCACAGCACCACCUCCCAGGGCGGCAUCCUCCACCACGACUCACUGGAAGGAGUUCCGAUGCACGUGGGGAAACUGCACGAAAUCCUUCUCUCGUGCGGAGCACCUCCACCGCCAUGCACUGAACCACCAGGGCAGCGGCACCACAUGCCAAAGAUGCAGUGCGGUCUUCAAGCGGCCGGAUCUACUAGAUAGGCACAUGGCUCGUCAUAAGGAAAAGGACGACGAGGCUGGAGGCGAAGGCUUGGGGAAACUUCUCACCCGGAAACGCCUCUGGAGAGAUUCGACUGGCGCCAUUGUAGCCCGGAAAAGGCCUGAGCAUGAACACAACAAGAAGAAGCGUUCAGCUUCACAGAGCGACAGCUCGUCGUCGAAAAGGCAGACCCAGCGUGACUCAGAUAUCCGCCCUCCUAAUCAGACAUCAACACCUCUAUCGCCACCGCGAUCGUUGGACCGAGUCUCAAAUGAGUCGCCAGAUGCGUUUGGAUCCGAUGUCCUGGGAGAUUCACAUAACCUCCAAGCUUCGGCGUCGAUGGAUCAAUGGCCGCUGGACAGUAUCGAAGCCGCACUCCCAGUGGAGAACUCUGGCUUGGAUCCUUACGACUUCUUGUGCAAUGCGUCAUGGGGUUACCAGCCUUUUCAGGACCAAUCAUACCUGAACAGUGAUCUCCCUUACGACGAUAUAUUUGGUCCGGAUACAGCCAGUUCGUUCAACAUGCCGUUCACGACUAUGAAUUAUUACAGCUGGCUGUUCUCUAAUGAGUCCUCACCAGCUGCAACCUUCAACAACAAUAUAGCCAACGAAGCUACUGUACAUUCGGCGCAGAACAUUCCGAAUGAACUGACAAUGGGUAGCGCUGGUGUCUCUGCCCCUUUUCCUGAGACAUUUCCUGAGCCCCAUCAGAUCAAUACAUCGCAUACAGAAAGAGAGAUGACUCAGUCGAAUUGUGGAGCCAGUAUAUCAGGUUCAAACUCAGAAUUCGCUCUCAGAUUCGGUUCUCCACGAGGGUCGGGGGCAAUCAGCUCAUCAUUUACUGAAUCGCUACAUGUACCACAGAAUUUGGAGCUUCAUACAACUCAACCCAUCGCGGAGCACCACAAUAGAAGCACAUCGGAGCGUAGUCAUAGCUUUGGUUCGAUCAAUGAUCGAUAUAUUCCAACCCCACCAGAUUCGAGGUCGAGUCAGGACUUCCACUCUAAGCGGUCGAGGCAAUCACGAAAGCUUCCUAUCAUCGAUGAAAACGCCCGGGAGGGACUUCUAUGUCUUAUUGACCAGGCUCAUCCCAAAAAUUCCGACGGAUCUGAGAUAUCAAGAUAUCAUCCGUUGUUAUCUCUUCCAAUCUUGCAACACUUCUCUGACUUAUUUUUCACCCGAUUUAACGUCUCUUAUCCGCUUCUCCACCAAGCGACGUUUGACCCUGCUCGUGUUGAUCCUUUACUGUUGGCGUCGGUUCUACAACUGGGAGCAACUUAUAGUAGUGAUGAUGAUCAUCUGUUUGCCAUUUAUAUCCACAACAUCAUGCGUACUCAGAUAUUCUCACACAUAGCCUUCCAUCCUCGACCUACUCUGUGGAUGUUGCAGACAAUUCUGCUGGUAGAAUGCUUUGGGAAAUCCCGUGCGGGACAAUUGCAACACGAUAUGUCGCAUCUGUUCCACGGUCUUCUGAUUAAUCUUAUUCGAAGGAGUGACUGCCAGUCAGCCCGUUGUCAAAAGUUCAGUCAAGAAGUCGAUCUCGAUACCAGAUGGAGGGCAGAAGUAGAUGCCGAACAACGCAGAAGACUGGCUCUCCUCUGUUUUAUGUGGGAUACACAGCAUGCAGUGCUGUUCUCCCAGUCGCUUUGCAUGAAUGCUGCAGAGCUUAAGCUCACGCUCCCUUGGGACUCAGCAGUCUGGGAAGCUGAUACGGCUGAAGAAUGGUACGAAACUAGCUCACUAAGGCAGCCGUCUCCAGCGUAUCUAUCUGUUCUCAAGGCAUACAUCAAUCCAGAAUCCGGGCUAUGGAUUCCAAAAUUAAAUUCGCUUUCGAGGCUCCUCAUGCUUCAUGGGCUAAUGUCUGUUGCCUGGGAUUUGAAUCGAAGGGAUCAGACUUCAUUAGGUAUGGCUAUAACAGGCAAGAAUGAGUCGUGGCAGUCACGCAUCGCGCGUUCAUAUGAUGCCUGGAAAGCGGACUACGAUACAUACAGCAAAGAGAAGCUCCUAUCCCUCGAAGGUAAUCCACGAGAGCAAGGCGAGUUCCAACGCCUAAACACCUCUACUCUAGCCAUAUACCACGCCGCAUACAUCACGCUGCACGUCGACAUCAUCGACAUGCAAAUCUACGCCGGGGCAAACCACAUCAUUGGGCGGCCAGUUAUGAAAGCUGACCGCGAACGCUCACGGCAACGCAUAAAGCAGUGGGCGAAAGUUGGGUCGCAACCCGCUAUGGUAGCAGCUACACACGCAGCGAGCAUCCUCCGAGAUGGGAUCCGGAAGCUGCAGAAUUGGGACGCUGACGAUGUGUUUCAUUACCCCUGGUGCCUGUAUCUCGCAACGUUGACGUGCUGGGCAUUCCAAAUCUCGAGCAAAGCGGACGAAAGCCAAGGCCAUACCGGGGAGAGCGAAGACGAGAGUGCGAAUGAUGAGGAUACGGAGUGGGAUUGCAGGGCCGAGAUGAACGCUCUCGUUAGUGCGAUGACGCGCUCAAAAUCGGAGGAUCUAUGGAAGGUGGCGGCGAAAUACAGGACGGGGGAUUUACCACGGGUUAUGGCGAGGCAUCUGAGCACGGUGCGAUGGGCUGUAGUGCAGGAAGGAAUGAUCGUCCUACGGGGGUUAGUCGGGAAGAGGAGUUCGAGCCGCAUAGCAUGAUAUGAUAUCCCGAAUUUAUGAUUAGAUGCCCCGCAGCGCUCUAAAGAUCGGAGUCUCCCG